CUCUUCUAUCAUUCUAUUUUUCAACUUUACUGGUUUCAUUCUCAUAAUCUAGAAAAAUGACACCAAUCACAGUCAACGUCACAGGCUCCUCCACCAUCCAUCAACCUCCAGAACAAGCCGUAUUGUUCUAUCACGUUCAAUCCGAGGGUUCAUCGUCAGACACUGUCUCCAAAGAAGUCACAGCUGCCUCCAACCAGCUACAACAAAUAUUCAAAGAUCUAAAAUCAGACUCACUAUCCCCAGCCCCAGUGGCAGCAUUCUCAACCAGUUCCCUCCGAAGCUGGUCUGGGCGACCCCGAGACCGAGACGGAAACCCUGGUGAACGAGUUCAUUACGCCCAGCUGCGGUCCGAAGCUACAUUUCGUGAGUUUAAAAAACUAGGCGAAGUGGCUGGUCGGCUCGCAGCAUAUCCAAAUGUUGCCAUCUCCAACAUUGAUUGGCGACUAACGGACGAGACCAAACAAGAGCUCGGGUCCAAAACGAGAAAAUUGGCAAUGAAAGAUGCCAUUCAGAAAGCAUCUGACUAUGCUGAGGUCAUUGGGCGAGAGGUGAAUCCGGUUGAGAUUACGGAUAUGGAAUCUCCAGGGUUGCACUCGCCGAGGUAUAUGACGGCCAUGGCGGCGUGUCCUAUGGAGGAUGAACGCGAGGAAUUGGAUCUUACGCCACAGGAUGUUGAAUUGACUAGUUCCAUUCAGGUCAAUUUUCGUGGAGAGUAAACAAAUUAAGGGGCAUUCAUUUGGAGUGCUUCACUGCUAUCUGCAUAAAUAUUCAUGCGUAUUCUUGCUUCUGAGCAAAAACAAAUCGGUGCAUCAUAUCUCUUUAAAUGCUAUCGUUUGGCAGCAAUAUGUUAAGAACUGUGUGUAUAUAGAUGGUUACAUGAAGACACGCUGUAAUCAUCUAUCCAUUUGGUACACAGGAAUGAUGUAUGCUCUUCUUGCAAACAUGCUUUGUUUAGUUAUCUAUUAAACAUGGCCGGCUAUCUUUCACGUUCCU